AUGGAACAGAUGACAAACAGGAAGCUCAAGAUACUUCACAGUGACAAUGGUGGGGAGUGGUCCAGCCAAGGAGCCAAGGACUGGCAAGCUCAGGAAGGUUUCAAGUGGCAAAAGACUGUUCUGGGAGUCAGUGCCCAGAAUGGAUGGGCAGAAAGGGCGAUUAGGUCAGUUCAAGAGAAGAUGUGUUUGAUGCUCAUUGGCCAGGCCUGUCACAGGGAAUUAUGGCCUUAUGCAAUCACUGCAGCAGCACAUGUGAUGAACCUUACUCCAUCAGCCACUAAGUCCAUCCCACAUGAAGUCUUUUAUGGAACCACUGCACACAAGCUGGUGCAACAACUACAGGUAUUUGGAUGUCUGGAAUGGGUUCACAUCCAAUGGAAGGAUCAACAAGGCAAAUAUGGGGCAAGAGCAAAACCAGCUAUCAUGAUUGGAUAUGAUGAUGAACACAAGGCAUGGAAGUUCUGCAACCCAGACCAACCAGCAUCAAUCCAAUGGAGCAACUCUGCAACUUUCCAUGAGGACAAGGGGUGGAACAAUUACCAGCAGGAAGCUUACAAGCCCAUAACCAUAGUAGAAAUUGAGGAAGAAGAUGCCACAGCAACUACCACAGUGGAGGAGGAGGCUAUGUCUGAGGCCACCAUAGAGGACCUUUUACCAGCCAUGGGUAAUGUGGUUGGUGCCACCAACACAGCAGUGUUAAACCUGGAUCCAACACUCAGAGAAGCAAUGGAUGGGGAGGACACUCAGCUCUGGAAGGAAGUGAUCUGCAAGGAGCUGGAAGGACUUGAAGCAAUGGGCAUAUGGGAGGUCAUAUGUCACCUGCCUGGAGCACCACUUGUGGACUCCAAAAUUGUGCUCCACCUAAAGCUUGAUGCUGAUGGUGUGCCAAUAAAGCACAAGGCACAGUUAGUUGCAAGAGGUUUUACACAGAGGGAGGGAAUCAACUAUCAGGAAACCUUCUCUCCAGUUGCACCCCUCAGAGCAAUCAGGGCCAUCCUAGCACUAGCCAUACAAAACAACUGGGAAGUACAUGCCCUGGACAUCACAAUGGCCUACCUGAACUCUAUGCUAAAGGAGGCAAUCUACAUGAAACCACCAGAAGGAUCAGGAGUAGCACCUGGUCAGGUGUACAAGGUAGUCAAAGGCUUGUAUGGCCUGAAGCAAUCCAGAUGGGAAUGGAACCUGGAAUUUGAUAAGUCUCUACAGCACAUUGGCUUCUUUCAGGUAGAAUGUGCUCCCUGCAUCUACACCAAGGGACAUGGUGAGGACCUGGUCAUCAUGGUCAUCUAUGUUGAUGACACUCUGGUUAUAGCCCCACAACUUGAAACCAUCUUAAGAGUCAAGAAACAAAUUGGUCAAAAGUGGAAGAUGGAAGACAGCAGUGAGGUCUCCCACUUCCUUGGCAUCAAGAUCAGCAGAGAUCACACAGAGCAUACAAUGACAAUUGGCCAGUUAGGAUACAUUGAUCAAGUCUUAAAGAAGCACCUGAACAAAUGCACAAGACCAGCUGCAGCCCCAAUGCAGGAGAUCCUGGAGGGGACUACAGUGGCAAGCAGGGCACAGCAAAAGGAGUACCCAAUGAUUGUUGGCAAACUGCUCUGGAUCACCAACAGCACACAACCAGACCUCAGCCUUGCAGUGAGUGUUCUUGCUAGACACAUGUGGGAACUGUUGCAGGAGCACUACCAGGUAGCACAGCAUGUCUUACAAUAUCUUGAAGGCACAAGGGAAGUUGGAUUGAUUUACAGAGCAAACAAACUGCAAGAACCACUGAUUGCACACAGUGACACAACCUGGGCAAGCAAUGCCACCAUACAGAGGAAGAGUACAUCAGGAUCAGUGGUGUUCGUGUACAGAAACCCAGUAACCUGGAAGUCAGCAACACAGAAAUGUGUGUCAUUAUCCACUGUUGAAGCAGAGUUCAUUGCCACCACAGAAGCAACACAAGAAGUGCUUUUCCUCAAGCAACUACUGCACUCAAUUGGUAUUGCCACCAGUACUCCAACAGUCUACUUGGAUAACAUGGGCUGUAUACAAGUCAGCAAGGACCCAGUGCAGCACUGGAAACUCAAGCAUAUUGACAUCAAGUAUCAUUUCAUUCAUGACAACAUCCGAGAAGGGAGAGUGCAAGUCAAAUAUGUGGACACCAAGCAGAACUUAGCAGACAUCCUUACAAAACCUGUCAGGAAACAGGCAAUACAGCAAGCAAGACCUGGAUUGCACCUGCAGACCCCAACUGUAGACACUGAAACAAAGUUUCCAAGCUAUGCAGCCAUCCUGUAA